AUGGUCCUAAUUUCAAACCAUACUAGUCCCCAGGAUAUAUGGUACAUUUUGAUUGGAAUCCCUGGACUGGAAGAUUUGUAUACCUGGAUCGCCAUCCCCAUCUGUUCUAUGUACAUUGUGGCUGUCAUAGGCAAUGUCUUCCUGGUCUUCCUGAUAGUGACCGAGCACAGUCUCCACGAGCCCAUGUACUUUUUCCUCUCCAUGCUGGCCUUAGCUGAUGUCCUGCUCUCCACAAGCACAGCCCCCAAGAUGCUGGCCAUCUUCUGGUUCCAUUCCAGGAUGAUAUCCUUUGGUAGCUGUGUAUCGCAGAUGUUCUUCAUACAUUUCAUCUUUGUGGCAGAAUCUGCUAUUCUCCUGGCCAUGGCAUUUGAUCGCUAUGUGGCCGUCUGUUACCCACUGAGAUACACCACCAUCCUCACCUCCUCAGUCAUUAGGAAGAUCGGCACAGCAGCUGUGGUCAGGAGUUUUUUCAUUUGCUGUCCAUUCAUCUUCCUAGUAUAUCGUCUUUUAUAUUGUGGGAGGAACAUAAUUCCCCAUUCCUACUGUGAGCACAUGGGCAUUGCCAGAUUGGCAUGUGAUGAUAUCAAGGGCAACAUCAUAUAUGGACUAACCAUGGCCCUCUUGUCUACAGGGUUGGAUGUAAUACUCAUCAUUAUUUCCUACACUAUGAUUCUGUGCACAGUUUUUCAGAUUCCUUCCUGGACUGCCAGAUACAAGGCCCUUAACACAUGUGGGUCCCACAUUUGUGUCAUUCUUAUGUUCUACACACCAGCAUUCUUUUCAUUUUUUGCCCAUCGCUUUGGAGGCAAAACCAUCCCUCGUCACAUUCACACCCUGGUGGCCAACCUCUACGUGGUGGUACCCCCAAUGCUCAACCCUAUCAUUUAUGGAGUGAAGACCAAGCAAAUCCAAGAUCGAGUGAUUUUGUUUUUCUCCUCUAUGAGUAUGUGUUGUUAA